GCGACCUCUCCGCGCUGCGCUACACGUCCCCGCGACCACGAUCCUUCAGGCGAGGAGACCCGGGAUCAUGGUCCCGCUCUGCUGCCCGUCAGCGGGCGGCUUUUCAGCAGAACCCACGGGGACCCUGUGGAGAAACGGGAUGCGGAAUCUGUGAGCAGGAGCCGCUGCUUUUUCCUUCACUUGCUUUGGCCUCAACCUCGGGGAUUGUUGCGGGAGGAUGAGCGUGAAGAGGAAGAAGCCUGGGCUGGUCAUCAGCUGGCAGAAGUCCUUCUCCCUCCUGGCUCCUUGGAGGAAAGGGAAAGGAGACAGAGACGCGGUUCUGGACAGAGAGGUUGUUCUGACCAAAAUGAAGCUCUUCAGCAACAUCCACAAGAUGCUUCCGACGGCCGACGACUCGGCCUCCACCAUCUCAACUGUGUCCGUUUCGGAGCAGGACGUCUGUGACCCCAGCAAACCCUCUGAAGUACGUUCCCACCGCGUUGACGAGCCGGGCCGGCUUCAGACGGAGUCCGUCUCACGGCACCCGGCCUCGGACUCUCGGCUGACGAGGUCGUACAAGUUUGAGUCGGAGGACUCUGGAGUGGAGCUGCCCAGCGGCGCGGACUCUCCGUCCACCCCGACGAGCUCUGAGCAGAGCUUCACUGUCCACAGCCGAGAGUCCUCCUGCAACCGGAACUCCGACGCCGGCGCCGCCCCCGAUGACCUGGUGCCACUCACGCAGCUCCCGGAGAGCAAACAGGCGCCGGGCUCAGCGGACGAUGGUGCGAGUGCAGCAGCGGGGGCUCUGAAUGACGGUUUCAUACACUCAGAGGAGCUCAGUUCAGCCGUGGGUGCAGAGCGGCGCGCAGGUGAGGAGGUGGACGGGGACCAGAGCGGGGGGUCGGGAGCCAGCCCUGAGAGAGACGAGGACAUGCCGGGACAGCUUGAGGAAACCUGCGCCGAAACCGAGAGGACCUGCUUCCGAGGAGACGGCAGCCACUUCGAGCCGGCGCCUCGGCGGAGCCGUGAGACCAGAGACAGCCUGGAGGACUACAUGGACCAAUGCUGCAGACUGAGUGAGGCACAGCAAGCGAGUUCCAACCCUCCGGGCUCGGGCCUGGAUUACCUGGAUCACAUCUGCCAACUCAUCGCCAGGAUCGGCCACCUGCAGGAGAACAACCUCCAGCUGCAGCGGCAGAUCUACAGCCUUCAGAAGGACAGCAGGACGGCAAAGACCAAAGAGGACUUUUUCCAGCAUCACUGCAGCUGUGGGGCGGCCUGCUUGUCUUUCCAGGACAUUCAGAAGAGACAGUCCAGAAGUGACUUCUCGUCCCCCAGUGGGACCCUCUCUGACCUGUCCACCAUCCCCGAGGUCACCCGGCCUCCACUCUUACCAGCCCGAGGAGACAUGAGCGGUGCGGGUUUGACACCCGUCCAACUGUGGAGGACGGGCUUGUACCGGAGGAGUUACACCGAGGGGGAAGAGCCCUUCCUCAGCCACAGCACCGAGGCGCUCUCCAUCCCCCAGCGAAGGCUCAGCGAAAACUGCACAUGGGGACGAGUCAAAGACCUGGUGAGGAAGACUAAGGUGAAGAACCAAAGCCGGCUGCGCCUGAAUUCUGCCUCCCUGGAGAGGUCCUGCCCACAGCUCUACAUGCCUGACGUGGAACCAUUAGAACCCGCUUGCAGAGACAGGAGCUCCAUGAUAGCCUUGGGCCACCACAGCAAACUGGACGUCCCUUGGUUACAAUAAACAUGGAGGAGGGACACGCAUCCGUUCUGGGAGAAUAACCACCACGCACCAUCCAGCAAUCCUCAAGCCAUUAUUUUAUUAAAGGCUGUUGAAGUGGUCCGAUAAAGGAUGGGCUCCGGGAGAGAAGGGACACAUUCUGGGGCUUUACAAUCCACUACAUGAUGCGGCUGCUGCAAUGCUGCCAUUUUUGGGCUAAAAAAAUAAAGAAAAAUUGACUUGAUACACAACUAAGAUUACUCGGAAUGUGCCUCAGUCUGAACACACUUUCAGAAGCUUGUAAACGUUAAAGUUGGCUGGACGUUUUCUUUGGAAUGCACAGUGCAAAAUAUACUAAAUCAAUAUUGUAAAGUUGAUAUUCUCGCUAUCAAAAGAACAUUUCUUGAUCGCUAAGUCACACCCUCAUCUUUGCACAAUGGAUGGAGAACAAACGAUAAUAACACAGAUAACAAUUGUCAUUUGUUUAUGUCAGAGUAACAAACAGCUGGUUGGUUGAUUGGGACAUUGUGAUGCAUUUCAUUUCCAACGUCACACUUGUACCAUUAUGUGGUUUGGAUGUCAGGACUCUACUGCAUGCUAUUGUACUCCAAAACGGGAAAACUGUAAGUAAACUAUUGCAUUUAAGUAGAAUUUUGUAAGACAAUAACUUUUUCUAAUAAGUUAUAUCUGAGGUUUAUCUGCAUGGCGUCAGACAACUAUAUAUGUAUUUUAUGUUUCUGUAUGGAUAUUGCAUUCAUAUUCAAAUGUAUUUUUUAAUAAAAAUUCAAUCCAAAGGAAUUGAUGCAGAA